AAAAAGAAAAUCCAAAAAAAAAGGAAAAAAAAAAACUCAUAAAAAAAAAAAAAGGAGAAAGGAAAAACAUAAAAGCACCAGCCGUCGCGGUACCUUAAACCUCUGCUGCCUACAUUCACGCGAUCUUAUCAGCCGGAGGAAGCCAAAACGCUGAUUUUUCCUUCUUUUUCCCGGGAAAAACACCAAGCUUCUUCCUCCUUUUGUCUCUCGUCCCAACUUCUGUCCUUUUGUUUCACGCUUCUGUUCUUUGCCCCCGGAAAAAAAGUCGAUCACGGACUUGGUUUUCUUCGAGGUGGUGGAUUGUGCAGCUGAUUUCCGAGGUGAUUUUCUCGUGAUUUCUAUUGCCGUUAAUAUCUCAGUUUUUUUUUUUUCCCAGAUCUUGCUUGGCUGCUGAGAAAUCUUUCUUCCGGGUAUCCCUGGGCAGCUUGUGCAUGCUGCAAGGCUAUUCUCUCCCUGCUGUAUUGUAUUGUGAUAUACAGUGUUCUGAUGACAACAGGCCUCUGAUUUCUCUCUGCCAUUCAGUUACGAUCAGGCGAAAUUAAAAUAGAAUGGGGCUUCAUUCACGCAGUGCUGUCAGUAGAAAACCAAAUGAAAGUAUGAGGCUUAUUGUGACUACAUUUGUUGGAAUAGCUUUUGGCUUCUUAAUAGGAGUUUCUUUCCCAACAUUAUCAAUAUCAAAGCUUAAUAUUACAUCUGGCCUUCUUUUUUCUAGCAAUGAUUUUGAAUAUGAGGAAAAGACAGGCCUCCCAACUCAAAAAGCUUUGAAUGUUUUGUCUUUGAAAAAUAGUAGCUCAGCUCAUAAUGCUACCAAUACACCAAAGAUUUGGGUCCCAUCAAAUCCUCGAGGUGCAGAAAGGCUACCGCCAAGAAUUGUUAGUGCUGAGUCUGACUUUUACUUGCACAGAUUGUGGGGCAACCCCGAUGAGGACUUGACAAACAAGCCAAAGUAUCUCGUUACAUUUACUGUUGGCUAUGAUCAAAGGAAGAAUAUUGAUGCAGCAGUGAAGAAGUUUUCAGACAACUUUACUAUUGUUCUAUUUCAUUAUGAUGGACGAACAACUGAAUGGGAUGAGUUCGAGUGGUCAAAGAAGGCAAUACAUAUUAGUGCCCGGAGGCAGACUAAAUGGUGGUAUGCAAAGCGGUUUUUGCAUCCUGAUAUUGUGGCUCCUUAUGACUACAUUUUUAUUUGGGAUGAAGACCUGGGAGUUGAGCAUUUCAAUGCAGAAGAGUAUAUUAAAUUAGUGAAGAAGCAUGGCUUGGAGAUCUCACAGCCUGGUCUGGAACCUAACAGUAAGUUAACCUGGCAAAUGACAAAGAAAAGAGGUGAUACUGAAGUUCACAAAAAAACAGAGGAGAGACCAGGCUGGUGUUCAGAUCCACAUCUUCCUCCUUGUGCAGCGUUUGUUGAAAUUAUGGCUCCAGUGUUUUCACGAGACGCAUGGCGGUGCGUGUGGCAUAUGAUGCAGAAUGACUUGGUCCAUGGCUGGGGUCUAGAUUUUGCUCUAAGAAAAUGUGUUGAACCUGCCCAUGAGAAGAUAGGAGUUGUAGAUGCUCAAUCGGUUAUGCAUCAAUCUGUUCCCAGUCUUGGGAACCAGGGAGAAUCACAAAAUGGCAAAGCACCAUGGCAGGUGGUGAGGGAGAGAUGCAAAAAAGAGUGGAGAAUGUUUCAAGAUCGUUUUGCAAGAGCAGAAAAAGCAUAUUACAAGUCAAUAGGAAUUAAUAAUCCUUCCAAAUCGAAACUUAAUUAAGCGACACCUACACAAUCGACAGGCAUAUCAUAACCAAAUUGCUUUGGUUCCCAGAUAAGUUUGUAUUAUCCAAUAUUAUUAUAGUUGUUAACUAUUAUAUUAUUCAUUAACUAAUGAAAAAAAUCUCAAUUAUAAUUCGAUUUGUAUUUCUUAAAGUAGGAUAAUAUUAUCAUUCAUGUGUAUACCUCAAUCCUCAAUACAAAACUUGGUCUUAU